UCUAGUCGUGUGUGGUGGUUUUUUUCUUGUGUUGCUCAAAAGGUAGUGGUUGUGAACCUACUCUCAAGUGUUUCUGUGCGGCUGUUUUUUUUUGGAUUGUGUAGAGGCCCGACGGCCUGACAUGUUAGUUUUCGGCUCAGUAACAAGCUAAUAUCAGACCGAAGAAUAGUUAUCAAGACUAACCGGUGGCCAAACCGCUUUAAUCCCGUUACAAAAAAGAAGGGAAGGCGCCGAGAGGACCAUGGAGACGUUUCAUACCAAAACGCCCGACGUGUCCCAUCUGACGGCCGGCAUAGCUAAGCUGGGCUGUGAUGACGAAACGGACAAGAAAUGCUGUGAUGGAGGCAAGAGCAGCCUCAACGCCCUACCGGUCGUUGGUCACGUUAAAGGAGUCGGCCAUAACGUUUGCGGGGUCAUCGACGGAGGUAACAAGGCCAUAGUCGAUGCCACCAGCACGACGUCCAACAUCGCCGAUGGCAUCCCAGUUGUUGGUCCCAUUAAAAGACUCGGCCAUUACGUUAGCCGAGACGAAGCAGGAGGUAAGAAGGCUAAAGCGACCACUCGGACAACGGCUGUGAUGGGAGCCGGCACAGGUGGAUUCCUCGUCGCCGAUGCCGGAGCUGGAUGGGACAUGACCAAUGCCUCCGUAACCGAUGGGAAGGAAGUCAACGGAAUAGCUAAAAUCAUCGACAACCCGAAAAGCGUCGAUUCCUAUUUCGACGCCGGUGUGGCGGGAUAUUCCGGCGGUAAGAUGGCCAAAAAAAUAGUCAGACGUGUUGUCAAUAAAGCAGCCAGGAGAAAUGCGAAAAUGGCAACCGGAGGAGAGGCAGGAGCAGCAACAGCCCCGCAACUGGUCGCAGACUAUGAUGCAAGCAAAAUUACCUUUGGGGAAUGUCAGCAGAAGUGUAACGACAUGAAAUCAAAGGGUGGAUUCGAUAACGUACCUGUAGAGGAGAACGCAGACCAGUUGCAGUCGUACGACGACAAACGGAUCAUCACUGAAAGGCAAUGUAAUCAAGCGUUGACGGAAAUGGCCAAGAGUGGUGACGAAAAGGCGAACGUUAAUGUUCCGCCACACCAAGUACCAAACUCCAAUGAUGCCAGUGGCAACCAGCCUCCACAACAACCUAUCGAGAACAACAGGCCAAACAUGAAAAGUCGCGUUCAAGAGCUGCGAGAGCAGCUUAUCAAAAUAUUUAAUGAUGUACUCAAAUACAUGAAUGAUGGGAAAUGUAGCCCAGAAGACAGGCGAUUUCAAAGGGAAUCUUUCCACCUGAUAUAUGAGAUCGUCUCAGAACUGUUUUCCAACGGUCACACCGCCUACAUACGAACAAAUAGUUACAACGAACUCGUCAUCUUCUCUUUGUACGACAAGUGGUUUGUCGAAAUCGAGUACCAACUGGCCUAUUUUUUGGACGCCAACUACCAGCUGAUCGUCCAACAAUUCCCCAUCAAUCCUGAGUCGUCGUGUCCUACAGUCUUGUCGGCCGAAUUCCAAGGAUCGCAACUCGACCUGUCAGUGACAGGGGACCGCCAUAAGCACAUCACCAACGCCAUCUAUGGGAUUCGUUGUCGGCUUUGUGAUCUUCGGAUUGGCCCCCGCAACGUCUACUAUGUCGGUCAGACUCUUCAGACGGUACAUAAGCGGGUGUGCGAUCAACACAAAAAUGCCGUAGUAACUAAGAUCAACAAGCCGAACAAGAGAAGAAACACGCAAACAAAACGAGCGAAAGUACCGUAUCGACCUAUGUACGAACACGCCGCCGGUCACUUAACCAAAGGCGAUGUACCUCCGGAUACCCACAGGGAUGUCUUCCGACAGUCGUUGGAUGUGAUCCUUCUUCCCACUGGAAGCGAAGGCGACAAAAUAACGAAACGAAACAAAAAAAAAAAGAGGGCCGUACUUCGCUCGUGGGAAUGCUUUUGGCAAUAUUUUAUGUGCUGCAGGACGUUCUUCUUGGCCUGGAGUCAAUGCUAAGACUGAAUUGGUGGAAAACUGAUAGGAAUUUGUUCAGGAGUACAGUAUUUCCCUCGAACAAUAAUUUGCUUUUUGAAACAUGACAGGAAGUGGCAUAUGAUGAGGAUUGAUAGUAAUACCAUAUAACCGCAUGAAACCAUCACGUUUUCCUGCCUUAUUUUCCCAUCCUAACUUGAACUGCGUUAUAUAAUGCACAUGAAAUAGUAAAGAGAUAACUAAUGCCUGUUUUCGUCUUGUAAAAUUCAGUUUGGCUCUAAUCUGUACUGGUCUACAUAAUACAAAAUGACUGAUUUUC